GUAUUUCCCCCCUCCUUGAACGACUGGCCUAAAAAUAGCAGUGUGAAAGACAAGCAUGCUGUCUCAGUGACUGUGCAGAUGACGACGUGUCCCCCAUAUGAAACGGCAACAACAAAAUAGACUGACUUCUAAACAAGCACUGUGAAUAAUGUACGAUUUCUUCUUUCAUUCAAGAGCUGAUAAACACUGAAAACAUCUGUUGCUCGGACCUGAAUCCAUUAAGUCCAAAGGUCAAAGUGUCGUCAUGGUGUGUAAUGUAGACGACCUAGACUUCUGCCUCUCUUCACAUCCAGUGAGCAUCUUAGAGGGCCUGCGCUCUCUCUGUUCCCAACCCAAAUUUGUGGAUGUCACCUUAAGUGCCGGCGGACGAGAUUUCCCAUGUCACAGAGGAAUUCUCGCACUCUGCAGCCAUUAUUUCCAUUCCAUGUUCUCAGGAGAUUUCAUUGAGAGCAUUGCUGCUCGUGUAGAGCUUCACGAUGUAGAUCCGGAUGUGUUGUCAUCCCUGCUGGACUUUGCUUAUACAGGGAAACUAACCAUCAACAAAAACAAUGUGGAGGGACUCAUUUGCACAUCCAGCCAACUCCAGUUUCACACCGUCCGCAGUGUGUGCUGUCGCUAUUUGCAGCACCAGAUUGAUGCCACAAAUUGCUUGGGAAUUCUUGAGUUUGGAGAGAUCCAUGGCUGCCCUGAAGUGGUUGCCAAAGCGUGGAGCUUCCUUCUGGAAAACUUUGAAGCAGUGAAACAGCAUGAGGAGUUUUUGCAGCUGGAGAAAGACAGACUGGUGGCCUGCCUGAAGGACGAAGAUCUGCACCUAAGAGACGACCGCUCAUGUGCCGAGGCAGUUGUGUCAUGGGUCAGGCAUAGUAAAGACAGUCGGAUCUGUGAUUUGCGAGAAUUGUUGAGUUUGGCUAAGCUUUCCCUCCUUUCAGAAUCCUACCUCACAGAGAACUUGCUUAAGGAGCCAUUGGUGCAGAACUCACUAGAAUCCAGAGAGCUGGUCGAGAGGAUAUGUAGAGAGAAGCGACAAUUGACGGGAGAUGGAAAGACUGAGCAGAGAGCCACUCAGGAUGCUUUCAACCAACAAGAGGUUUUAUUUGUGAUGGGUGGUCGCUCGCUGGAUGAUUCAGAUGAUGAAGACGAGGAUGAAGAUGAGAACAGAGAUGGAAGGUUGCAUCCUAGAAAUUGUGGUUUCUAUAACCCAAAACUUGGACAGUGGUUUCAGCUACCUGACUUUCCCAACUACAAUAAAUGGGGGUAUUCGGUUAUCUCCCUAAAUAACAAUGUGUACGUCACAGGAGGAUCAAGAGGCUCUCAGUCCAACACCUGGUCCACCACAGAAACCUGGAAGUACAUCACUCGUGAAGGGAAGUGGGUCACAGUCGCACCAAUGUUGCGGCCGAGAACUAACCACUCUUCUGCAACUCUCAAUGGAGAGAUUUAUGUAAUUGGGGGAACUACAACAGAUUUCGUUGAACGUUAUGACCCAUUCAGCAAUUGCUGGACUCUGACCAGCCCAGCACUCAAGUAUGUGACUAACUUUACAGCCACGCCUUGUGAAGGAAAACUAUACCUCAUUGGCUCUUGUGCAGUUAAAUAUAAUGCCCUAACCAUGCAGUGCUACAACCCUGUCAUAGAUAGCUGGUGUAUCAUCGGCUCUCCAUUCAUUCCUAAGUAUCUCUCUUCUCCCUGCUCUGUCUCUAUGGAUGGAGUCAUUUACCUAAUUGGAGAUAACACUAAGAAGGUUUAUUCAUAUGAUCCAGACAGCAAUGUGUGGGAAAAGAUUCAGUUUCUAAACAUGCUUCAUGAGAAUGGCGAUUUGGUUGUUCUUGGAAGGUACUUGUUUGUGACUGGGGGGCAUUGGAAGGGCAUGGAAGGGGAUUAUGGGGUUGAGGUGGAAAUGUACAACCGAGCCUCCAACACGUGGAAGGUGGAGUGCUUCCUUCCAAGGCUCUGGACAUACAGUGGCUGUUGUUCUGUUUUCUUGGACACUUCUCAGUGGACUGAAAUAUUCCCUGAUGAGACCUAGAGUCCUUCCUUUGAAGGCUGAUUUAUACUUUCGCCUGGCACCGCGUCGUGGACCUCCGCUGACUGCACGUGCACCUCAUGAAACAAACGAGGCUUUUAUACUUGAUGCGUUCGCCAUUGUAAUUACAUUUAAAAUGACAGUGGCCGGUCAAUUAAAACCCACCGUAAAACCAGACAAAUGAACAUAAAAAAGGACUACGUCAUGUCAUUAUUAUCGUUCAUGAUUUUUAAACUAAUAUUGUUUAUAAUAUUUUUUAAUGGUUAUGAAGAUUUUUAUAACGAUUCAAAUUUUUAAAAAUCAAACUUGCAUCCCUUGCUUUUGUGGAUAUCUCAGACAGUUCUAGCUAUUAUAGUUUAUUCAAAUAUUAAUGACAAAAGAACAAAAUAAAUCAAUUAAGUUAACAUAACACUUUUAUCAAGUUUAUGUUGACUGAUCAUUCAAAAUGUAUGUUGUCCAAGUGAAAUCUUAAGAAUAGUGUUGUUUCAGCUCAAAUUAAGUAGUUUAAACAAGCAAAAAAAUAAAUAAAUAGGGCAUCAUUGUAUUGUAAUUGCUCCGGUUACUAAAAUAACCCUCGUUCUCCGGGGGAGGGAAUGAAAAUGCUAUGUGUAAACUUACACUAUGGGGAUUUCGUCAGAAUCCAAUCAUCUGAAAGGGUAUACGAAGUGCCAAUAAAAUGCAAAUGAGUUGGCAGCUUAAGCAUGCACAGCUGGCGCUACUUAACAUCAAUUUGGAAUAAAAGCGCAGCGCGUACCAAGCUGAGGUAUCCUUUUCUAGCUGAAGAGAUUUUCACCCUCAACAGCUAAGGGGUAAUCAUUGUGAUGAAGGAACAUAGCAUUUCUGUUCCCCCCUCGGGUAACGAGGGUUAUUUUAGUAACUAAAGCGUUCCCUCUUGGGAGGAGAACUUCAAAGCUAUGUGUAAACUUCCACUAUGGGGAAAUGUUUUCAAUAGAAAACGCCAUAAUGUUUGAACCUUACCUUGCCCCCAAUGAGAGGUUAUGCCAUGCCAAGAGCGUGAGUGCACUUGCAUCACCAGAGGUGCGGUCUUCCAACAUGAUUCCUGGCCCUUACUUAUUUCACUUCAACAGAAGUUUUACAGAUUUAGAUAUAUUUUUCAGGAGUUGUAAUGCAUCUAGUUAAUUUCUAGGAAUUUUAAUACGACAGUAUGUUAUGUUAUCAGUAUCAGGAAAGCGUGCUGUCCCGAUAGGGGGGACGCUGCGGAGGCCACCUGCUGCCCAAGUGGGGAGACCUGGUGGCAAGAAGACAUAUAGACUAGCCCUGAGAAGGGGGAGUACACAUAUAAAAAAAGAGAUGGUUAGCGGGGAGGGAUGACACGGGUCCACCUGGGAGAGGGGACUGCACUGUGGCUGAGUAAGUGAUAUGUGAUUGCUGAUAAAGACCGUCCUCCCACAAGUCUUAAGCCACUGCCAAAUUGCAUCAAUCCUGCGAGCUUUUAGGCAUCAUGUCCCAGACUGGCAGUGUUAGCGCUGUCACAUCCCGGGAAGGGGAAAAAUUUUCAAUUGAGAAUUUGGUGGCAUUGAAAAACGCCAUGGCCCUCCACCGGGGAAAAAACAAGUUCCCUUUUCUCCAGAUGGCCCGUCUUUGGGACGCUUCGAGGUCCGUUUACCGGACUUAACGGUGCCUUGGCGGGAGGGGCUACCUGCUUACGAGGUGCUUAACGCGACCACUUGGCCGAAAGUUUAGGUAAAGAUGGGGCAGCUCUCGUAGUCAGGUGCCCUCGGCAAGAAGCAGUGGAUAUGGAUGGCUCUGCUGGUGGAGCGAUCUUACCUUCCCACCGAUAGAUGACAUUGCCCAUCGAGUCCAACUGCUCUUUUACUGCUCUGACUUCCUGGGUAAAUUCACCAACUGUGUCGUCGAACAGGCCAGCCUGGUAUAUGGGCAAGUCAAGAAGGUGGACUUUGUCAACCUUGCACAUAUCUGCCAUAUGUGGCCAUCAUCCUCCCCAGCGCACAGGCAGUGGACUUAGUGGUUCAAAGAGCAUAGUCGGUUGUGCUGCAAAGCUUGUGUAACAAGCCUGGGUCGGAACCACCCUUGUGCAGCUGGCCAGUGCCUGCACUUGGAGGUGCUGGUACUGUAGGUGGCCAUAGCAUGCAGGGUGGAGGCAGCCUGGCCUGCGGUUCUUUAGGCUUUGGCUCCGGGGGAGACAGAUAACCUGCAGGCUUAGGAAGGGAGACAAGGUUAACCCUGCCUGGAAGAGGCAACACGCGGACAAAGAUUGACCGCAAUGGCACGCUCGAUCUGUGGGAUCGUCUCGUAGCCCCUGGCUGCUUCACCGUCAAGGGUGGUGAGGGCAGAAGCGCAUGCAGAUCGGGCCGAGAAAGGUGCCCUUGAAGACUGCUUGAGUCUACUGGGAACCUACGGUAAGAAGGGGAUGGGAGGCCUGGCCUUCUUGGUAUCCUCCACGUAGCACCCUGCGAGCGAGCACCACAUUAACAUGCUGGACUCCCAGACAUGAAACACAAUGCUCGUGCCCAUCAUCCAGGGACAGGAAAUCACCGCAUCCAGAAACGCACAGUCUGAGCGACAUCUUGAAAAAGAUGCACUGCACAACUGUGGUGCUCUUUUAGGAAAUUUGCAACAAUACAUACCGCUCUGGAGGACGGGACUCAAAGAACGCCAGGCAAGGAAGAAACCCAGCUGGACCGUCAGCCACCGCGUAUAACACACUCUGGACUGGGAGACCGCUCUCUCUCUCUCUCUCUCUCUCUCUCUCUAAUUGGCAUUUCCUUGGCCCGUUUCAGAUGAUUGGAUUCUGACGAAAUCCCCAAAGUGGAAGUUUCCACAUGGCCUUGAAGUUUCCCUCCUGAAGGGGAACUAAGGGUUUCUUUAAACUUGUUAACAAAAACUUUCCUUCUUUUCUACGGCUGUCGAAAUUUCUAGCUAAGAAUUAUUAUUCAUCUGGUUAUCCCUAUGAUUGCGCAUGGACAGAUCAUAUAGAUGUCUAUACAGGUGUACCAGAUUCAGACAAUAUCUCUUUAAAGUGAUAAAAAAGAAUAUUAAAAUCAAAUGUGGUGCAUCGUGAACUGUUCGCUUGAGUCAAAAAUUCCGCCAGGCGAAAUCAUGUUGCACGCCCUUAAAGCAAACCCAACACAUCAAUGACGUCACAGUCACCACACAUACUCAAGCGAUCUAGCAAACACGUCCAGUAUAAAUCAGCCUAAAGCCCUUCACUAAGGAUAGUCAUGAUAACAAUUGAGAAAACAUCAAUGUGACAAAACACGUGUGUGCAAAUUCUCACAACACAAAAUAGAGAAGCAUGCUGCAAGUUAAGGAAGAACAUUCAAAUUCUCUCAAUACAUGCUAAAAGGGAAAAAUGCAAAUAGUGCAGACCACAAUGGAAAUGUGUCAGCGACAAACAUGAUUGGUUUCUGUUUAGAGAUCACUGUUUAUUUAAUGUUAAUUGUACAAUUUGUCAGAUUAUUAAUGUUACAAAUAUGCACAUUCAAGCUUUCUCAACACAUGCUAAUAGAGAAACUUGCUCCAAAUAGCGCAGACCACAACGGGAAUGUGUCAGGGGAUUUUGAAUUUGACAAACACGACUGCUUCCUUUUUAGAGUUGUUAAUAAAACACAAUUCAUUCAAAGACUGAACCCAACAAUCCAACAACUAUUAAAAAAAUUGGCAAGUGACAUAAGCGAUGUAUUUAAGUGCUGAACUAAACAUGCUUACUGUAUACAAAUCUUUUCUUGUUUAGAACUUCGAAAAGCUAAUCAAAUGUUUAGAGCAGGGGUCUCAAACUUAAAUUGGUGGAGGACCAUUACAGUGACUGACAACUCAUAGGAGGGCUGUUUUAACAUUCAAGCACAAGAAAAAAGUGAUGUAACUGGUGCAUAUUAAGACAACAGACAUGAUGUUUAUAAUUUUAGCAUUUUAUGUCACAAAUUAAAAAAUUAGCAUGUUUGCUUCACAACUGCUGGAAUAUAUCAGUGACUGAUUAAAUAAGCAUUUUUACAUUUGAAUAUUCAUAAUAAUAAUGCUAAUAAUUAUUUUUAUUCUGUCCCAAUCAAUUGUUGCUUUACCAAAUGUUUAGUGUAAGAACAGCAGAAUGGAAUUUGGGUAACUUCACUUACCUUACUGGCAAUUGUUCUUCUCAAUAUCUUUCUUUUUUUUUUUUUUUUGUAAAAAAAAAACAACGAAGGGAAAAGUAAGUAUUUAUCACACUUACUUUAACAUGUUUAAUUCAAUCAGCAGUAAAAUGCACAUAGUUGUCAAAUAAAUCUCAAUACGCAUUUGAGGAAAAUCUAGUAAAUGAGACCAUUUGAAUCAAAUAGUAGCAAAGUUAGCAAAUUUGUUACACCACCGGCAUAACGUGUUAGCCAUGAAACAGUGUUUGUUCAACAAAAUACAGGUGGUGUAAAACUAAUAAUAAUCAAAUGACUCUUGAAUAUUUACAAAGAUAGUGCUUUAGUAAAAAUAGAGCAUGUAUGCACAUUUAUUUUAACGUUUAAAUCAGCCCCAAAAAUAGUUUGCAUGUGCAUUACUCACGACCGCAUGCUCAGAAAAACCAACAGUCAUACAGUAUAAUAGAGUGCAGUACUUUAACCAUCCAAUCAAAUCUUGUUAUAUUUUUGACGCUGUAAAUGGCCCGCAGACCGGGAGUUUGAGACCCCUGGUGUAGAGGCUUCAGAACCGAGCCAGGAAUUUCUCAGACAGAAAACACAUUUCAGAUAUACUCAUUAGAAAAUAUCAGUAUAUGAGAUAUACUUUAAUGUUCUGCCUUUUUUUAGCGUCACAUACUGACAUCAUGACAUUAUGGUUCAUCUUCAGUUUGUGUUGCAUUCAAAUUUUAAUCACUUGAUGCACUUGAAGUUUCUGAUUUUUAUUAAACCAAACCUGUCAACUGUGAACACGAAUUAAAGGAAGAGCAGAGUCCACCCCAGAGUACUAAGUAUUUUAACUGGCAAACAAGUGCUGUAUGGUUACAAAAAGAAUUAUGUAGCCACUUUAAAGGUAUUUUCUUAUCAUGUUUGAAGUGAGUUAUUUCUUUGGUCAAAAGAAAAUAAGAGCACUUUUCUCAACCUAAACUUUAGAAAAAUGAAAAUUCUGUAAUCAGAUUAACAAUCAUAAUGUGAAAUGACUUGCUCUGAAUAUAAAAUGUUUUUUAGUUGUAUUUGUAUAUUGACUUUUGUGCAUCUGCUUUUUUUCUGCCUAGUUCAAGUUGUCUUUGCUUUUAUGUUGCCAAUAAGACUCUUUUAUUUAAAUGGCAUUUAGUUUGACACCUAAAUAAAUAUACACUCACUGGC